AUGAAUUUUGUUGUCAAAACCUUGAGUGUGUUGUUGAGCGUUAUCGCCUUAAAUGUUGUGUUACCCAUUGAAGCCCAAUUGUUUGGGGGCACCAGUGUUGUUUUGGGUAAGAAACACUAUUAUAUUGAAACGUCGAAUCAAGGAAGUUUCUAUGAGGCAGCCUAUAGCUGUGCUCAAUUGGGCAUGACAUUGGCAUCGAUUGAAUCGAAAACUGAAUUUAAUAGUCUGAAGAGUUUUUUAACAAAUAGCGAAAUUAUCGCUAAUGUCUAUUGGUUGAGUGGUAUUAGCUAUGGUCCUUUAAAUACUGCUAAACCUUACAGCUGGUUAGGAACUGGUAAACCAAUAACAUAUUGGUCUUCUGAUCCUGAGCUCACUAAUGCUGAUCAAUGCUUAAAGACAGUAACAAACACCUUUGAAUACGCAGAAGGAACUUGCACUGAGAGUAACUAUUACAUUUGCGAAAAACCCCUUGAACCGUAUUGCGGUAAAUACGGCCAAUGUCGUUACACUUACAGUUCCAAUUCCAAUUAA